UUUCACAUAUAACAAAGUAAAAAAGGGGGAAAACUAAAAACCCUAAAUUGUAAAUCAUAAACCCCCGCCGAUGUCUGGAAGAGAAGAUAGCGACUCCGACGCCGCCCCUGAAGAAUUCACCGCCGAACAGGCAAUCCAAAAGGAUGAAGAGAUAACUACUAUUCAGAAAGAAAACAAGGCCAGGGUCUUGCGUGAAGGAAAAGAACGUCGAAGGAAAUGGGCCGAAAAGUUAACACCACGCCAACCCCGUGUGGAUAAAGCUAUCCAAGAUGAAACCGAAACACCAACGCAGGCUCCCGAGAUUAACGGAAUGCUUCCAGAUGACAUUGUCAGAUUCCUUGCAGCCAAUGAGAAGAAGGUAUUUUCUGACUCGGAAGAUGAGAAAUCCGAGAAAAAACCAAGAAAGAAGAAGUCCAAAAACUCGGGGACGGGCCCUGUUAUUCUGAAGGAAAUACCACCUCCGCGGUGCUUACAGAACUCAUUGGACUUUUUGAAGAAAAGAAAAAUGCAGGUGAAAAGAUCAUCUGCAGUUCUGGAUAACUCGAACCAAGCAUUGCGAUAUCUUUCAGCAUCUGGUUUGUUAAGUAAGAAAUAACGCUUGGAAUAGAGAUUUGGUGAGGUAAUGCCAAAUCUGGAGCCUUUAAUGUUUCAAAAGUAUCCGAUGGUGGAAAUUAACUGAUGUAUACUGAUAUAUGAUCGAGCAGUUUUGUUUUUAUUUAUCUUUAUUGAUGCACGUCUUUUUUCCA